UGCUUUAAGAAGGUUAUUUCCAGAGAAGUAGUAACUUCACGAAUGAGAGAUUUUAAUCCCGAAUAGCCUUUUCGCAUGUACAUCAACAGCUUAUUCCUUUCACCGAGUUGCUUCACUAAGUCUUACUUCAAGGAUGUACGGUCGAUGGACAAGAAGUGUUUCGAUUCGAAUAAAAAAUGUGAACUUGUAACAGUUUCUGUCGGGACUCUAAUUAAACAUCUAAAUCACGUCUGUUCACUGAUUAUUUUCCGGUAGAUCAUAAUUAGCACUGUCUCGUUAGUUGAAGAAUUCCUUGGGGAAAUUGGCUUUCCUCUCAAAAUCUAUGACUUGCUAUUCAGUUUUAAUUGUAUUCAGAAUCGAAAUGUUAUUGCCCUUUAUCCCUCUAUUAUAUCUUAUCUUUCUGCUUGUCUGAUCAGGGAGGCACCCUCUUGUCUGCGUGCUCUCAGUAGUAUCAAGAUUAUAGAUUAACUUUCGGCGCAAACGCUGGAAGAAAACGUAACUCACGACAGGUGUGUCGGACAUGGGAGAAACGACACUAUGCAGAUCCGCAACUGGCCAUCCUACCAUCCGUUACUAGUCUUCGUGACCCUUAUGGGCGCCGUCACAAUAGCGUCGACACUACAACGCCAGCUGCCCAAUGACCCGUGGAACCUACGCCCCAACCAGUUGGUCCUCAUCAACCCUGAUGACUACAGCCCACUCCAACCCGUACAGGAUCAAGUGGAGACGAUGGCGGACACCUAUAAAGUACCCAAGCGAACUCUAUCUCUCUUUACACGCUGGAAGACUCUGGAACAACUUAGACGGAAUCAUCUUCAUCACUCGCUUCCAUUGUCGUCACCAGAUUUCGAUCCGCUGAUGCCACGACAGCAAAAGAAGAUUCCUAUGCCAUCCAAUGGACCUAAAGAAGAAAUGGUGUCUUUACCCGGAAUGUCGAGCGAGAUGAGUCUAUCUGCUCGUGCUAUCCAAAGAUCAUUGCGCCCACCUGGCCAACCACUUCGAUGGGGCUGAAAAAAACAA